AUGUUGCUCGCAUCACGGAAUGAACUGGUACGUCCUGGUGAAUUAAGAUCAAUUAAUGUGCCCAUAAUCAGCGAACUGGAGUGUCAAACGUUCUACGAACACAUUGGAUAUACAGAAAUUUGUACUUUUGAUAGAUUUGAACGAAAAGGCGGCAGUUUUGGCGAUUCUGGCGGACCUUUAGCUGUCAAUGGUCGUCUAGCUGAUCUGCAUUCUCGUAAGAAGCGUUUGAUUAAUAAAACGCCAAAUGGAAAUAGAUCAGUUACUAUUCAACAAGUUCCAUACAUCGUAAAAAUUCUAAGAGAUGGAAAACAUUCCUGUGGAGGCAGCAUUUUAUCACCUAAUAAUAUAUUAACUGCUGCUCACUGUGUUCAUGAUCGUGCUAAGGUGUACAGCGUUGUAUCUGGUUCUCACUUUAGAAAUCGUGGAGUGCACCAUGAAAUUAAAAUUACAAUAGUACAUCCAUAUUAUCAAUUUCAUUUGAAUGGGAAUGACCUUGCUAUACUCGUUAUUUCUCCUCCGAUUGAUGUAGUUACUUCACCUAACCGAAAAAUCAAUCUAUAUAAUGGACCUUUACCACCAAAUGCUUUAAGUGGAAUUUUUAGUGGUUGGGGAUGUAACCGGAUAUUUCUGGGCAUUGAAUUAUAUCCUAACCAACUGCGAUCAACGACUCUGCCAAUAAUCAACAAAAGCAAAUGUCAAAGUUACUUCCCAAAACCUUUAGAUAUUGUUUAUAGUACAGAUAUCUGUACAUUUGACAAAGCUGGAAAAAAAGGCCUAUGUCAUGGUGAUUCUGGAGGUCCUUUAGUUUUCAACAAUCAACUAAUUGGAGUCUCCUCUUGGGGUAGUAAAACAUUAGAUCACAAGUAUCCUGAUGUUUUUAUAAAUGUGGCUCAUCCUGUGUAUAGAAAAUGGAUCAUAGCAAACAUUCAACAUGUAUUCUAA